AUGGGCUGCUGCAGCGUGACCCAGAGGCACUGCGGUGUGGACGAGGUGGGCCCAGACGAGAUCGAGCUGCUUGAACUGCCGGCAGAGACCCAGGGAGUCUGGAGUUUGGGAGACAGCCGCCUUCAGCUGAAGUCCUGUAGCGAUGAACCUCCCGUGUCCCCCCCAGCCCGGCCCCCAGUGUCUCCCCCAGCCCGACCCACCGUGUCCCCCCCAACCCGACCCCCGGUGUCCCCCCCAGCCCGACCCACCGUGUCCCCCCCAGCCCGACCCCCGCCUCGUUAUCCUUCAUCUCCACAGCUGCUGCAAGAGGGGGCGCUGUGGGGCCUGAGCAGAGACCAGUUGCAGCACAGGAUUCUCUCUCUGCCAGUGAUCCGAGGCUGGGAGGGUCAGCCUGUGCACCAGUACGGAGACAUCCUGCACUCCUCUCUCUUGUCCCUCUACAGCAAAUAUACUCAGGAAACCACAGAAUAUUGUGUGGUGCUGUUUUCCCAUCACCUGCUGCUGUUGUCUUUGGACCACUCUGCGCAGGAGUUUGUUUACCAGGGCAUCCUUCCUGUGUCGGGCGUGUCUUUCACCCCCGUGUCCCGGGACUCCUCUCUGCCGCCUCACACCUUUCAGCUCAGCAGUCCUGUUGUAGAGCCCAAAGUAUUUGUCUGUGCCACCGCUGCCGAACUACACACAUGGAAACAACUGAUUGAGGAAAGAAAGCAGAAGUCUAUGACACUCCCCCCGAGCCCGGCCCACUGCAUACUGUCCUAUCUGUUUCCUUGUGAUGAGAAGUGGAAACGGGAAGAACUGGAAAAGUACCUGCUCCAUGCUCCCAUCUGGCAGUGGGAAGGUCCCCCCAUCCAACACAUGGGGGCGCUCUCCUACCUCUCUCUGGUCCACAUCAACCACUCACACAGACAGGGUCUUCAGGAGAGACUUAUGGUCCUGUUCUGUCAGGAUGUGCUUCUGCUCUCCCUGGACAACCAGAGGACUUCUCUUCGAUACGAGGGGAGACUGGCCCGACACGGCAUCAGGGCAGUGGAGCGCUCUGCUCUGCCCGGACGACUGCAGUUUGAACUCACAGGAGAGUUUGUGGAGCCGCUGCAGGUGUCGUGUUCCUCUCUCCAGGACUACCAGACCUGGAUGUUUCACCUCCAGCAGCCUGAUAGAAGCAGCUACAUCAGCAUAAGACCCGCCCCUCCGCCAAUCAAACCCAAGCAGCGAAGCCGAACGGAAUCCCAGGAGCCAAUCAUCUCCGAGCACGGCCACAGCUGA